AUUGGAAACGUCGUGACAUUUUCUACAAAUGUUCUACAGGGACACAAAUAACAAAUAUUUUAUGUGAAGUGCUGCUUUAUUUCAACAAAUUAAAUAAAAUGGCAAAUCAAGAACACAGUAGAAAGAAAGUUUCUUAUUUUUAUAAUGCUGACAUUGCACAUUCUCAUUUCGGCGCCAAUCAUCCGAUGAAGCCUCAUCGUUUAGCAGUUACAAAUAAUUUGAUAGUAGAAUAUGGUUUAUAUAAAAGAAUGAGUGUUUAUAAACCAUUUAAUGCUCAUCCAGCUCACAUGAAGAGUUUUCACAAAAAUGAGUACAUCGAUUUGCUUCAAAAAGUGACUCCCGACAAUAUUACUGAAGAUAUGACAGCUUUAUUGAAUCAAUUCAACAUUGGAAGAUGUAAAGAUUGUCCUAUUUUUGACAAUAUGUUUGAAUUUGUUAAGAUGUCAACUGGUGGAUCAAUAGCCGCUGCCACUUCAUUAAAUAGAAGGUCUUCCGACAUUGCCAUAAACUGGGCUGGAGGAAUGCACCAUGCGAAAAAAUCUGAAGCUUCAGGCUUUUGCUAUGUUAACGACAUAGUCAUAGCAAUUCUAGAAUUACUCAGACAACACACACGAGUCUUGUAUGUUGAUAUCGAUGUUCAUCAUGGCGAUGGAGUUGAAGAAGCUUUUUACACAACGAAUCGUGUCAUGACUGUAAGCUUUCAUCUUUAUGGAAAACGCUUCUUUCCAGGAACCGGAAGUGUCAAAGAUUAUGGUGCAAAAGAUGGAGAAUUUUAUUCGCUGAAUGUUCCAUUAAAAAGUGGAAUUGAUGAUGAAACUUAUGAAAGAAUUUUUGUUCCUGUCAUGACAAAAGUCAUGGAAGUUUAUCGCCCAUCAGCUGUAGUUCUUCAAUGUGGUGCAGAUUCGUUAGCUGGCGAUCGCUUAGGACGUUUCAAUUUAACACUGAAAGGACAUGGACGUUGCGUAGAAUUUAUGCGUAGUUUUAAUAUUCCAUUAAUGUUACUGGGUGGAGGUGGAUAUACUGUUAAGAAUGUAUCCAGAUGUUGGACUUAUGAAACAUCAAUAGCUUUAAAUGUUGACAUUCCUGAUGAUAUGCCACACAACGAAUACUUUGAGCAUUUCAAACCCAACUACAAACUUCAUAUAAAACGGGAUAGAAAUGAGAAGAAUAUGAACACAAAAAAAGAUAUUGAACGACUUUAUAUGAUAGCAGUUGAAAAUUUACGUCACAUUGAACAUGCUCCAAGUAUUGGGAUCUUCAGAGAUAAUUCAGAUGUUAUUGAUUGGGAUGAAUUUCACAAUGCUUUUCACGAUUUCGCUCCGCCAGAUAUUCGUUGUCCUGAUUUAGUAAGAGAUCGUAUUGUAUCGCCUUCAAACGAGUUUUUCGAUGAUGACUUUUAAAACUAAAAUAUGUUUGUCUUUGUCUAAAUUAAUUAUUUUGAUAUCUUUAAAAAUGACUGAGAUUGCGUAGAUUUAAGCAGAUACAAAGAUCUGAAGAGAAAUAUAAUAAAUAUAAAUGUGACAUAAUGA